CUGCUGCAGUGACUAAAAGCUUUGCAUCAUAUUCUGUGCCCCAAAGUUAUCCAUCUCUAGAUAAAAAAAUGAAAUGCACUUCUGUUCCAAUAACAGCACGUCUUGGAUCCUUUAGGAACUACUCGUGUAGGUGGAUUAAUCUUCACGUGUUGCCAUUCUUUAGGUUUUGCUGCCGUGACUCAUGCUUGUGCGCCCGCCUGAAUUGAAGUUCAUAGCAAUUCUGGGACAAGUCUUGCUCCGGGAUUUCGUUUGAUCUGCCACGAACUGAAGAUGGUACCAAACACCAGGAUUUCACUACUAUGGCUGCUGUGCUGGUUCAAGUGGUCUUCAUCUAUUGAGAUUCCGCAGGAAGCUUUUGCACAUGAAAAAAUUGAGCAGCCACCAACUAUAACUGAACAGUCGCCCAAGAUGCACAUCGUAUAUCGGAUUGAUGAUUACAGCAUCAAGUGUGAAGCACGAGGAAACCCGCCACCAACGUUUCAUUGGACUAAAGAUGGUAAAGAUUAUGACCCAUCGAAGGACCCGAGAGUGGACACAACCUCAAACUCUGGAACAUUCAUCAUCAAAGCCAGCAACGGGAACGUGAAGAGUUUUCAAGGGAAGUAUCGCUGUUACGCCAGCAACAGCCGGGGAACAGCUAUAUCUGAGGAGAUCGAGUUUAUCACAGCACCCAUCCCCAGAUUUCCAAAGGAGACCAUUGCACCCAUUCAGGUAGAAGAAGGGAUGUCAGUGGUAUUACCUUGUGACCCACCCAAUGGAGCACCUCCAUUGAACAUUUAUUGGAUGACAACCUCAAUGCAACGUAUAGAGCAGGACGGGAGGGUGUCCCAAGGACUCAACGGAGAUCUGUAUUUUUCAAACGUGCUAGCAAGUGAUGACCGUGCUGACUACUUCUGUUUAGCACAAUUCACGAGAGCCAGAAACAUUGUACAGAAAGAGCCCAUCCGACUAAUUGUUAAACCUUUUGUACUUCCUAAUGACACAGAGUCACACGGUAUUGACUUACAGGCUGCAAAUUCGAUCGAGAACCGAGGGCCUCGUCUCCUGUCGCCGUCCGGCAGCGUGUCCAGCGUGAUGGCGCUGCGGGGAGAUUCUCUGCAGCUGGAGUGCAUUGCUGAGGGCCUCCCUACCCCAGAGGUCUUCUGGAUCAAGCUUGAUGGUGAAAUGCCAGAGCACAGAGUAAGACGAAAAAACUUUAACAAAACCUUGGAGAUACUUAACAUAACCGAGUUGGAUCAUGGUAAAUACCAGUGCAAAGCUACAAACCCAUCUGGAAGCGUGACUCACUCCUUCUCAGUGACUGUGGAAGCUGCUCCUUACUGGAUCAAGAAACCCGAGAACAAAAUAGCAGUUUCGAAAGAAAAUGCCCAGAUAGUUUGUGAAGUUGGAGGCCACCCUCAGCCUGGCGUUCACUGGAAAGUCAACGGGAAACUCAUGAACGAGACGAAGCCCAUCAUUAAUCGUAAAGUCUCUCAAAACCUGAUCAGUCUUACAAAUCUGCAGCUGAAUGACAGCGCUGUUUAUCAGUGUGAAGCUUCUAACAAGCACGGAUCCAUCCUUGUCAACGCUUUCGUCAAUGUUCUCAAUCUUGCUCCAAUGAUGCUAACCCCUGAUAACCAGGAUUAUAUCGCAGUGGAAGGCAAGGUCACGUUCCUGCAUUGCAAAGUGUUUGGCUCACCAGCACCCACAGUCUUUUGGUUAAAAGAAGACAUGGAAACUGCUCUCGAGGGACCAAGAUAUAAGGUGCACGAAAAUGGUACUCUGGAGAUAGUAGAUGUUUGGACAGAAGACGCAGGAUUCUAUACUUGCUGGGCAACAAAUUCACUGGGCAAUGACACCACAAGUGGCAUGUUAGAAGUCAGGGCCGCUACAAGAAUUGUGCAUCCUCCAGAGGAUUUGGUAAUAAAGAGGUCCAACACCGCACAAUUGAAAUGUCACGCUGUGUAUGAUUCAGCUUUCAAGAGGGACUUUGAAUUAUCCUGGAAAAAGGAUGGGGAAGAAAUUUAUGUUGAUCAAACAGAAAAUGACAGAAUAUUUAUUGAGGACGAUAUCCUUCAGAUCAUCAAUGUGGAUGAAGACGAUGAAGGGACGUACACCUGUGUAGCACGAACCCCCCUGGACAGUGUGAUGGCUGAAGCGAAACUCACUGUUCUUGAUAUUCCAGAAUCACCAGAAGGUUUGGAGUUGUCAGAUUCACAGGAUAGGAGCAUUAGGCUAACGUGGAAACCAGGCAAUAGCCGUAACAGCCCCAUAACUGAAUUUAUUGUGGAGUAUGAAGAUAAUCUGUUUGAGGCUGGAAGGUGGCACCCGAGGACAACAGUCAGUGGAAAUGAAACCUCCGUUCUAUUGCACCUCUCCCCUUACAUGAACUAUCAGUUUCGUGUUUCAGCAUUAAAUAGAGUGGGUAAAAGCAAGCCGAGUGCACCUUCCAAAAGAUACCUUACAAAAUCUGCAGUUCCGGAGAAGAAUCCGAUAAAUGUCAAAGGAGAAGGAACGGAACCUCACAAUAUGCGAAUUUCAUGGGAGCCUUUGAAGCCCAUUGAUUGGAACGGCCCUGGACUAAAGUACCAAGUUAGUUGGAGACAGAAAGAAGCUGAGAAUCCUUGGAAUCAUAGUACAGUCAAUAAACAUCACCAUAUUGUUGAUAAUACCCCAACAUUCGUCCCUUACGACAUCAAAGUCCAAGCGUUGAACGAUUUAGGACCAGGACCUGAGCCAAAGAUAGCAACAGGAUAUUCAGGAGAAGACUUACCCGAAGAUGCACCUAUGAAUGUCGCCCUUGAAGUCAUGAACAGUACAGUAAUCAAGGUGACCUGGUCGGAAGUACAAAAAGAAAAGAUUCGUGGGCAUCUAGAAGGUUAUAAGAUCGUGUACUGGAAAAUCAAAAGCUUGUUGGAGAGGAGGAAACGGCACCUUGAAAAGCACGUCCUCACCUUCAGUGGAGAACGGAGCCAUGGAAUGGUCCCAGGUCUGGAACCCUACAGUAAAUAUCGCCUGGCGGUGAUGGUUUUUAAUAGGAAAGGCAAUGGGCCAGAAAGUGCGCCCAUUCACUUCGACACCCCAGAAGGAGUACCUGAGCAGCCCGCCUUCCUCAGAAUAACAGGGAUUGCCAAGGAUGCAGUAACGCUCAUGUGGGGACCUCCAAUAAAACCCAAUGGCAUUCUCAUCGGAUACUUGCUUCAGUACCAACUCAUUAAUGACACAGAUGAAAUUGGAUCGCUGAAAGCAAUAAAUAUUACAAACUCUACGGUGACAAAGCUGACUGUGUCAGACCUGGACACCAGCAGCAAAUACAAGUUCUAUUUGAGCGCUUGCACCAAGGCAGGACCUGGGAAACUUAUCACGGAGGAAGGGAUAACUGUCAUGGAAGGAGAUAAUUUUCUACCGCCCACAAGGAAGACAGGUGACGAAAGUUUCUCCACUACUUUCUCUUUUCCAACUACUUCUCUUUCCCCAGUUGCCAAUGAUUCUCUGUCUUCCAUAGCAUAUGCUGGAAUUCAUGGAGGAAUAUCUACACAAGGAUGGUUUAUUGGCUUAAUGUGUGCCAUUGCUCUGCUUACUCUCAUUCUGCUAAUCGCCUGCUUCAUAAAGAGAAACAAAGGAGGAAAAUAUUCUGUUAAAGAUAAAGAAGAUGCCCGUGCUGAUCCCGAAACACAACCGAUGAAAGAGGAAACAUUUGGAGAGUACAGGUCACUGGAAAGUGACAACGAAGACAGGCCCUUGAAAGGAAGCCAGCAGUCUCUGACUGAGGACGUGAAGCCAACAGGCAGUGAUGACAGCCUGGCGAAGUACGGAGAAGGUGGAUCGGAGGGACAGUUUAAUGAAGAUGGUUCAUUCAUCGGACAGUACAGUGGCAACAAAGAAAAUGGCGCAGUGGAUGGAAAUGAAAGCUCCACAGCUACGUCUCCUGUUAACGCAUGAACGAAGUCUGCACAAACGUCCUUCACUCUGUAGCAAGUUUGGGGACGUGACUGUGCGUUUGUUCAAUUUCCAUUUAGUUCGUAUUCCCAACAAGCUUCAAAUAAAGUAAAGAAAACGGUGAUGGGCCAAUGAAGAAUGAUUACCAGAAGUACAAUAUUUGUUGGAGAAUAAGAUGCAUGGGACCAUUUGCAGUAGUCUGCCUUUCUUUCUCAAGGAUAUAUUGUACAAAUAAUAAAACGCGUUGUGGUACGAGUGUCAAUUUGUAUUGUAGAUGUCCACAGUUCAGAAGUGGUUUCCAGGUGCUGGCUUAGUGGCAACUAGUGACCACUGAAAUAUUUGUGGCGUUAGCAACUCUGAGCCCCAUUAGUUCAUUUCAAUGAUUCGUAACCCACCCACUUCUGAACUGUAGACCCGCAGAUCUUGAAUAUGAGAAUACAAAGUGGUGGGAUCCUAUCUUAAGUAUUUUUUUCACACUGACUCCAUGACUUUGCAGUGGCUGUCAGUUUAAGGGACCAAACACCUCCACUCUCCCCGAUGGAACACCAGCUAGUAUAGCUUUACAGAAGAGCAGUGUUUUACAAAUUACACGUUGUGGCCACAUUCAGUGAGCGGAGAAAAGGAACGAAACGAUAACAUUGAUGUGUGCGUGACCGAGAAACGGCACAAGUCGAAAGCAAAUAGUCACUUCGGUUUUAAAUAACAAGGUGCAUUGCGGAAUCUGAUUUCGAAAUGACUCCUUGCUAAUGAAUGUCUUAGAAAGUGAUUGAUAGAUAGAAGGCACUAGUUCAAAUGGCAGCUAUGGCACCAUUGAGUUGUCAAAAAAAAAGCACAAAUCAUCCUCGUGCAAACCGUGCCUCGUUGGUAUGCAAUACAGCUGCUCCAAACCUUGUGUCUUAUUUUUCUUCAAAUGUGCUCUAUACCCAAAGUUCUGCAUCUUGUGAUUACAUUCAGUCAGAAGAUUCAGACGUAGGACAAUGGCAUGUACAUUUUGUAAUUAGGAAUAAAGUGUUAACGUUCGGGAAGGGAGCAUAGGGAUGUCAAUUCAGCAUUUUUUUUUGAACAAUUAAUACUGGUGCAAGCUCUGAAUGUGCGACUUUGCUGCUUUUCGAUUUUUAUUAACGUGCAUAAUAAGAGUUUGAAGCAGGAAAUCAAGAUACACACGGUGUCUGCAAGAUACGUAAAAUGGAGCAAUGUCGAUGAAGUAUUUCCACCAAUAAAAACUGGUAAAGAUUACAGAGCGUCAAAUUUUACUGAAAUUUUAAAUUAGUGAACAAUUGUGAAGUUAUAUCAGUUUCUAUAAGGCUGAAUUACUUCUGCUUGGAAUCACUGGCUUUUUUUUAAACAAACUGAUCUAAGAUCUAGAUGACGAUUUUUUUUACACAAGAGACAAAUGAUGUUUCUAUUAACUAGCUGCAAAGCACUCACGGACAUCCUUUGUGACUUGUUGAGACUAAGAUAUUUACAAACGUCAAAUCAUUGUUCACGAUGCAAACAAAAGGUUUUCAAUUCAUGCUGUGUAGGUGGUUUGUAUUAGUAGGGCAAACCUUUUGCAAUUAAGAUUCUUUGGGUUGGGGGUGGGGGGGGGAAAGGGUUUAAACAAAUUGUAUAUUUUCAUUAGCCUUAUCGAAUAUGCAUGGCAUCCAGAGAUUCAUUUACAGAUUUUUAAGAUAUGUAUGCUGAUCUUUUAAGUUUCUGUUUCCUACCUAGGUGUGUGUCAUUGACUUUAAUUUGUUUUUAUCCGGAUAAAUUGUGUCAUGAAACUGUUCCGUCAUUUGUGUAACUACUGUAUUUUACGGAAAAAUGAACCAUGUAGUAUUUGUAAAUGCCAGUCCUUAACCAUGCCAAGAUUUAUAGGUACCGGUGUUCUAACGAUGAUCCGAUUUAAUAAACCGCUCCCAGACGCAAAGCCAUUUCUGUACGGUUCCUGCAUCUUCUGUUGUAAGGGAGCAGCUUAUUUUUAGUUUUGCCUGUAAUUUUUUUGUGGAAAUGUUGACGAACCAAAGUAUAAUUUCUGAUGUGUAGCCUUAUGUACGUUUCAUUUUAUUAUACCUUGGGCUUGAAAUGGGUGAACAUGUUCCGCCCCAGGAGCUAUUACACUUGCGGAAAUAUUCUUCAGUGUUGCCUGCUAAUUGACGUUGUGACAUAUCAGCAAGCAACCUUAGCAGCAGUGUAGAACAAUAAGUGUUGCCUUCUGGCUUCCUGAAGCCCAAGCUGUGGCCGGCACAAGACAGGUGCAAAGGUUUCUUGCUCUUGAAAUAAAUUUAAGCCCAAGGGAAUAAUAAAGCAAGUAUUGACUGCAGUUUUCAGCCUAUACUGUAAAGCAUCAUGUCUCGGCUUACAGAAGUAAACCUUGAGUAUGCAUUAUUCCCUCAGCCUCCUUUGACCAUUAUAACACAAUCUUUAUCAACUUUCAGGUCAACCUUUUUCGAUCAUAGACUUCAACUGCAGCCAGUAUUUGUCAUAUUAUUGCUUUUAUGUCUUCUUAAAAGAAAAUGUGAAAACUUGUAUCAAGUUUAACAAAAUAAUUUUCUUAAUUUGUACGCUUACACGGAUGUUGUAAAGUACCCUACAAAUAGACGGUAACUUAUUUAACUUUGUAGUGGCGUGAUGUCAUCUCACCGCUGUGUGACUAUAUAUAGUACUGUAUUAGUCUUAAAUGGUUUAAGUACUACCCUUUGUUAGUGUACUUUAUAGUGUAUCAGCAUUGAAAAUUCAGAGGUGCCCUUGUCAGUGAUACCGUGGUAUGUUAUCACUCAAUGAAGACAUGUGAAGUUUACAAACUCAUGUUUUCUGUAUGUGUGCCACUCUUAUAUGAUAUAAACUCAUCACGGAAUGUUUCAGUUAUUAAUACUUGUUGUAUAGAUGAAAUUGUGAAUCUUCAGAACAUGAAACUAUCUGUUAUGCUUGUCUUAUUAAAUCUAGAAUAAUAACAAA